AUGUCGCAUCAGCGCGGCAAGGUGGACAACAACUCUUCUUGUGUGUGCCCCAACAGUGCGAGCAGCACGACUAGAAGCGGCACCAACGACCAUCGCACUGUGACAGCACUGCGACUCGUACGGGAUGUUCUGCUGAUGGAGGACUGGUUUGUAGAGCGGCCCCCGCUCGCUCUCGCCUUUGCACAUCCGCACGUGCGGCUGUGGUGCGAGAUGUGGCGUACUGAGUUUGUCGGAGACCUUCACGCACCGGCCGCGGACGAGUCGGGUGUGGUGAGGCCGCUGCCUGACACGCACGGCCGCGGCAGCACUGGCCCCGCAGCCCCGCCAGCCUCGUUUGUGCACAUUGGGCUGCGUGGCCUCCGCAAUCCAGUCGCCCUCGUGGACUCCACCUCGGCAGGCGGUGCCGGCGUCCUCAGUGGUAGCGCUCCUCUGACAUUAUCCUCUUCGAUACUUUCGAGUUCACCUAACGCUACGGUAGCGUUUCGCGCAGUGCGGUCACUGGUGGCACCGCUUGCAACCUAUCACGGGCAGGCUGCCGCGACGGAGCCGGCGCCGCUCUACGACGCCGCUAGCGUGCGCGGCAUCCCCGUCGUGGACCCCACGGCCCCCUUGUUCACCCUGGAGACCUACACAGAGCACGUGUUCCGCUUGCCUAUUGGGAUGCGGCUAGGGCGUGUGCGGCUACUCACCCUGUGGCUGCCGUGCGACUGCCCCUCUCACACUACUCAAGGGAGCCGGCGUGCACGGCUGGUGAGGGGUCUGUUCAGCUACGUGCCAGCAUCAGUGACGCACAGCGCUGCGAAGAAAGCGGCGGCCUGCAUCCACACAGCAGAGACGGAGCAGGCGAGACGUCAAGGACCACGACCGAUGCCGGCACUCGCAGUCUCGGUGCCGCAUGCUAGCCUUGGCUCCGGCAAUGCCACCUCUCUCCCCAUUGACGCUGGCAUUGCUGCCACCAUCGACGACGGCAGCGACACACCUGCGAAGCAGGACCGUGUUAACGUGGAGGAGGCAGAACAUGACGACUGGGAGGCGGUUGCACUGGAAGAGGAGGCUUUGCUAGAGCAGCCACCGCCGUCAGUGUCUACAGCAGCAGCAGUGACAGCAGCCAUACGCAUGGGUGGCUAUCCGAGCCCUCAAGCGACCCCUCAAGCUCGCACCCACUUGCCUCCCCCCACUCACCCCCCAUUGCUGCCCGCUUCUGCCACCAGGUCCAUCACCACUGCCUCCAACACCAGCGCUGUUGCCUCUCCAGGGGAGUCGCGUGGCGGUGCUUCCAGUGUUAUCGAGGGUGUGUGCGUUGCCCUCCCCCCUCCUUGUGGUUGGUGGUUGCGUCGUGGUGUACAGCCGUCUUCCUCGUCCGAUGGCGCUCCCUUGCCUCUCUACGCUCACUGUAUAGACGCGACGCGGCAGUGGCUGGAUUGGCUCGAGGCGACAGCGCGUGGCGUCGGCGACGCGCUGUCCGACGAAGGUGGCGACCGUGCCAUGCAGACAUUUCUUUGCGGAGUGUCGCUCAGCGGGUGGUCGCCCAAGUAUGUCCAGCCAACCAUCGUGUCGCGGGCAGAGCUCGCGCAGCGUAGUGUACCGGUAAAGUUGGAAGAUGCCAUCUCCCCCACUCUGCCCUUGCGCGGUCUCCACAUUGAGUCCUCUGUUGACGCGCUGAAGCGGCUGCUGGGCGUCAGGGGCGGCGAGCUUGGCGGCGCGGCGCUUUUCAAUACCCUCGUCGCUCUUGAUGCACCGUACCUGCGGAACGCCGAACCAGACUUGGACGUCGGAGGUGAUGCACUGGCCGUGCGUGACGGCGGUGACGACACGGGGUGCCUCGCGUCUGCCCUGUGCCGGUUAGGUGGACUGCGCUUCCUGUGCCUCAGCCACGGCCGUGGCGUGUUGGCGGAGGCGUCCUCGCCAUCGCUGGCCCCUACAAGCGUUCUCAGUACUUGCGUUGAGGAGCUGCACUUCCAUGACGUCACCGGCCUCACUGCACGCACGUUGGCCUCGAUGGGGCGUUGCGGGGUGUCGCUGCGCAUUGUGGAUCUGACCAACACUAACAUCACGGAGGAUGAGCUGCGCGCUCUUGUGUACGGCACGUGGAAGACACCGAGCAAAGACAGCGAAUCAGCAGCGCACUCGAGGUUGUCUCCGCUCGCUUGUCUGGAAGAUGUACGACUGACUGCCUGCCACAGCCUCACUCGCGUCGAUGCCCUCGCUGCACUCCCACGGUUGCGUCGCCUGGACCUGCGUGCCAGCGGCUUGCGCGAACUCUCGGACCUUGCAGGGUGCCACAUGCUGCAGGAGGUGGUGCUGACGCACUGUGGCCACGUGACGAAUUUGCACCCUCUCUGGCGACUCCCCCGGCUGCGCUGUGUGGAGGCGGACGGCGUCCGUCAGCUACAGCAGGAUCGAGCACUCAUGCCGCCCUCUGCCCCCACUGCGGAAGGGGAUGCGGAGGACAACGAGCGCUUUGUGGCCCCUCUGGCUCGACUGAACCUGUCCCAGGCCGCCACGAUUCGCGGGGCCAGCGUCGGCUACCUCGCGCGGCAUCUCUAUGACUUGAGCGGGCAAGCCGCCUCGCUGGUGGUGCUCCUACUUGACCACACCGAUGUCGGCGAUGACGCGCUGCGUGCCUUGGCCGGGCUCCCAACGGCAGAGGAGGAGACUGGCCGCAUCACAGGACGGUGCCUGCCGCUCGCCUCAUCACUGAGGGAGCUCAGCCUUGUAGGCUGCGCUCGCAUGCAUCACCUCGGCCCUCUUGGCGUCCUGCCGCAGCUCACCCGACUGGCGGCCGACCAUUCUGGUGUCGAGCACGUGGACGGGCUCCAGCACAGCUGCACGCUCGACUUUCUCUCUCUGAGCCACUGCACGCGGCUGUGGGACAUCCGUCCCCUCGCCUACGUAACGACACUGCGAUGCGUGGAUAUGAGCCACACACCGCUGAAUGACGCGGCACUGCUACGCUUUGUAUACCCGACUGCCGUGGAGGAGCUGUUGGCCGAGCGGCAUCCGCGCGUUGGCGAGGCCGGGACGUCGCUGCAAGCCUGCACCGCCUUUCCCGCCCCCCUCGCCCUCUCGCAGGUCGAGGAACUGAGCCUCUGCGGAUGCAUGUCGCUGCUGCACAUCGGCUGCGUCGCGCACCUUCCGCGGCUGCGUAGGCUCAACGUGAGCCGAACAGCAGUGUUUGACCGGGGGUUCGUGGGCUUUUUUGUCCAUGUGACGGUCCUCCUGCGCACUCAGUCGUGGCUGAGUGCCCACUCAGCCGGGGUUGUUGUCAAUGACCGCGUGUCUUGGGCUUCAGUACCGCUGCCAGACGAGGCAGCGCUUCUCCGUACUUGGCGAAUGGAUAUCGAAAGAGGAGCGGCGGCGCCACGAGACGCGAGCGCCACCUCCGGUAUGAUUUCCGCUGGCCGCGCUGCCCUCACCGCUGUGGGGCCACUGCGCACUCUCGAGUUCGAUUUCUUCGUCGGCGCUGUGGAUACCCUUACGCAUGUGUCUCUCUCCUACUGUGUGGAGGUGCGCUGCAUUACCCCCUUCGCUUUUUUUUCCCACCUCUCGUCACUCGAUGUCGCUGGGACGGCCGUCGACAGCGCCUCACUCCUGGCCUUUGUAAACGCGCUGUUGGAGGCCUGCAGCGACGGGGCUGCCGACGGUCCGCUGGUGCAGCUCGAGAUGGAUGCCAACGGCGUGCGCCCGAGGGCGAUUGCGGCACGGCGGAGAAGAACAGUGCCUGCCGCAUCGUUCGCUAUGGGCGGCGGCACUGCGGAUAAUGCGACUGUGGAGCCGACUCGUCGACGCCGCCGACCAUUCACGCUCACGAUGCUCACGCUGGCGUGGUGCCCCUACCUCACUGACGUGCGGUGCUGCGCGGUUGUGCCGUCCCUGCGCCGCCUGGAUGUGUGCGGAGCCCCAAUUGACAAUGCCAGUGUUGCGGCCUUCUCUUCUUGUGGGGCGUCUGCGCAGCUGGCGGUGGCGGCGUCGGAGGAGGGGGAGGGGGGGGCGGCCCAGUGGUGGCAGCACCAUCGCUGCUCGCUCUCGUUGCUGGACAUUAGUCAUUGCCGCCGUGUCACCGACGUUGCACCCCUCUUCGCGGCACCGGCCAACUCGUUCUCUGGCGUUGGCAGCCGUGGGAAGGGAGAGUCAUUGGCUCACUGCUCUCCGCACUCCUUGACGGAGCUAAGACUUCGCCACUCCGGUGUGAUGUCCACGAGGGAGGAACUGCGCGCACUCGACCCCUUGGGCCACUGCCUGUUCGUGCAGUAG